GCUCAUUUCAUGAGACGAUUAUUAAAAUGGCUGAUUGCACCGCUGACAAUGGCCACCGUGACACCACUCCGUUCUUCUGGCCAAUUAACCGGCUCCUUACUUUACCUCAGUGGCCUGUCUGGUGAAUGCAGCUUUUCAGCAAGCCAUCCAGGAAGUGAACUUUCGUCUGCCAGUAGAAAUGGAAAGCUUUUCAUUACACCGAAAACAACUGUAACACAAAACAGUGGUCACCGAUGGCAACCAAAGGAACAGCCUCAGGACAGAGGACAAACAACCUGCAUUCAACCCCAGUCAGCAGGUCUUUCAUGAUGUGGAGGCUGCCUAAGGACACCACGCGUAGACCUGAGUAUGUCAGGUUCCCUUGGAAAUGUCCCCCAUCUGAGGAGGAGAUCCGUAAGGCCUUGACAGCACAGUACCGUUCCACCUACAGAUGUGACUUCAUGGGCAUGCCUCAAGGAAGAAGACUUGCACCUCUGCACAGCAGGCAUCAUGAGCCGCUCUCUACUAACACAGAGACGAGGGACAAUUAUCGCCAGCCAAAGCAAAAACCUGAACUGAUGGGCAAUCACACUCGCCACAGCUGCAACACAGAUCCUAACGUGGCCUGCCACGGUAUAGGCAUGUCCACACUCAGCAGGAAGGAUCAGAGUUGACAACCUAUGACAGGUUUUGUGGAAAGAGAGUCACCAAUGUCACAUCUGUAAGAAAGUUUCUGCUGCCUCGGGAGCUGCAGCAGUUACACAGAAUUUUACCUCGGGAAGGUUAGCAUCAUCUUAUGCCUUUGAACAACAUUUUAACAGAUGGCUUAAUGAUUUCGGCAGACAAACAGCUCAUGAUUUUACAUCUUUUGACUUUUCAUAGGUUGACCUUUCACAUAACGACAAGACAAAACUUGUUGCAUCGAUUUAAUGGACUUUGUACAUGGAAUAUCAUCAGCAGUAACACUUUUUUAUUCAUCAUUCUUCUGUUUUGCAUUGUGAAAUACUCUUUUGCAAG